AUGGCAGCUCAGAUCUCCAAGAAGAGAAAGUUCGUCGCUGACGGUGUCUUCUACGCUGAACUUAACGAGUUCUUCACCCGCGAACUUGCCGAAGAUGGCUAUGCUGGUGUUGAAGUUCGCGUCACUCCUGCCCGCACCGAAAUCAUUAUCCGUGCUACUCACACUCAGAAUGUUCUCGGUGAGAAGGGUCGUCGCAUCAGAGAAUUGACCUUCCUCGUUCAGAAGCGUUUCAAGUUCUCUGAGAACUCGGUCGAGCUCUAUGCCGAGCGUGUCCAGAACCGCGGUCUUUGCGCCAUUGCUCAGUGCGAAUCCGUCAAGUUCAAGCUUCUCAACGGUUUGGCCGUUCGUCGUGCCUGCUAUGGUGUCGUCCGAUUCGUCAUGGAAUCCGGUGCCAAGGGUUGCGAAGUCGUCGUCUCUGGUAAGCUUCGUGCUGCUCGUGCCAAGGCCAUGAAGUUCAGCGAUGGUUUCAUGAUCCACUCUGGUCAACCCACCCGCGAUUUCAUCACCACCGCCGUUCGUCACGUCAUGAUGCGUCAGGGUGUUCUCGGUAUCAAGGUCAAGAUCAUGUUGGACAGCGAUCCUACCGGCCGCAACGGUCCCAAGCAGACCCUUCCCGAUAUCGUCACCAUCCUCGAACCCAAGGAUGAGUCCGUCAUCACCGAACCCUCUGCUCAGGACUUUGGUGUCCCUGCCGCUGCCCCCGCCGCUGAAGCUCCCGCUGCCGAAGCUCAUUAAGGAAAAUGGAUGCAUGCCACAACUUUUAUUCACAAUAAUAAAGC